AUGGUGGUCGCCGUGCAAGAAAACCGAGCCUAAAAACAAUCAAAUGUGAAAAGCGUCAAUAUACAACAAGCAAGGUUUUUUUCCGUUGGGUAGAAGUCAGGAUGACGUUCUGGCCGCAGCUGUUAGAUCUGUCCAGAGAUGAGUGUAAACGUAUUUUGCGCCGCCUGGAACUGGAGGCCUACUCGAACCUGGUGUCUGCUUUCCGUGCACAGGGGGACCUCACCAAGGACAAGAAAAAACUGCUGCUAGACCUGCAGCAGUCUUUGAGCAUUUCAACAGAACGGCACAGAGCUGAAGUCAGGAGAGCUGUAAAUGAUGAAAAACUGACAACAAUUGCCGAUUGCAUGUCUGGGCCUAAUGUCAGUUCCGAGUGGCUGGUAGAGGGGAGGCGCUUGGUACCUCUAAUGCCACGACUGGUGCCCCAGACUGCAUUUACCCUGGCAGCCAAUCACGCUGCUCAAGUACAAGCUGAGAAAAACGCCAUGAUGCCUCUGCCAUCAGUCACAGGGAAUAAAGAUUUGAACAAGGCACCCAGCACCCCAGUGCCACCUGGUGUGACAGUAGCAAAGAUUAGCCAGGUGGCGCCACCAGACUCUCCACAGGUGGUCCCUGCCUCUGGUCCUGUGACCCCCACACCAGUGGCCAGUGUCAAACAGCGUCCAUCUAGUCCAGCCUCCAAUGUGGUGGUCCUGCCCAGUGGGAUGUCAAUACACAUUAAAGGGGGAAUAAACACAGAAGAGGAAGAUGAAUUCCCUUCACGGAAACGCAAACGCAGCAAUUCAGUGGAGGGGUUUCUUCCUCGCACUGUCACCACGGUAUCCCUGCCCACGCCCAAGGUGACGUACACCACGACCUCCAGCUCCUCCAACACCAUCCACGGUAUCUCCCCCAUGAAGAUUACCAUUUCCAAGAGUCCACAGAAGAUGCAGAACACUGUCACACCCUCACAGAAGGUCAUCCUGGUGUCCAGCUCUGGUCAGUCCAGCACCCCUAACAUUCUCCAGAAGUCCAUCACUGUGCCUAUAAUCAAGACGACAGCUACCACAGCAACGGCAGCCAUAGGAUCGUACCCAAAGACUAUCGUGUCUCCAGCUAGCUCCUCCACCAUGGGGAGUAUUGCCUCAGUGGUGUCUUCACAGGGCUCACACCCCAGUGGUUUGAGUAUAACCAGACCAAGACCUAAGACCAUACAAACAAGGCCAAAAGUGCAGCAGGUGGGCAGUCACAAGCCAGGUAUAGUAAUCCCAAUGUCUCCACAACAGCAGCCAUCUCCACAGAGUGUCCCUGUACAGCUGAAGUCCAUGGCCAAACCUACCAUACAGAUCAAACAGGAAGGAGGCAUGAAGAUCAUUACUCACAGUGUGCCCUCUGCAGGCAGUAAGAUCCUCCCUAAGCCUCAGUUCGCCACCGGCGCCAGUGGGAACCAGGUGGUGGUGGUCACCAGUGGUGCUCAGAGCUCUCUGGCAGUGGUGACCAAAGCUUCAGUGGGGGUGGCAGGCAGUCACAGUGUGCCCAGUAAAGUGUUGAAUAUCACCACACAGGGAGGCAAGGUGAUAGCAGCCUCAACAUCACGCGGGGGCAGUGGCUCUCCUAAUGUGGUCACCGUGAACCCCAAGACACUACAGCUGACCUCGGUCAGAGCUGGGACCAGUAAUUUCUCCACAGUGCAGAAGACCGUCUCUCAGGUGCCAGGGAAGCCCAAUGUCAUCGUGGUCCAGAAGGGGACGGCACGUGGGAGCUCCACCCCCUCCACACCUCCCAUACAGAUCAAGGUGCCCAAUCAGGGGGCCACAGCCACAGCUAGUCCAUUUGAGAAGGAAUUUGGAACCUUCCUCAAUAAACAAGACGUCCAGCGUCAGACCUCAUGGCCUCAGAAGGUCAGCAUUCGCGUGCAAGACACUCGUGCUAGUGAUACAAGACAGGACACCACCAAAGCAGAGCUAGUGCGCUCAGAUUCUGAGCCAUCAGGGCGAUCCUCCAUUCUGGCUGAGCUAAUACAGGCAGUGGGUAUUGGACCAGACUCAGGGUCUGGGUCUAAUUCUGGGAGAGCAACACCUGUUGGGGAGGAGGGGUUUCAGGCAGUGUCACAGCAAAAAGGUAUGGAGCCACUGAACCAGUGGGUGGAAUACGACGAGGGACAGAGUCAGCAGAUGGAGGACGCCUCCGCCAUUAAGGCACUGUUGGAGAUGAAGAACGGCAGUCAGUCACGCUCCAGCUCUCUGGAUAUUGGCCAGAUACAGCUACAGACUGUGGACCUCUAUGCACUGGAACAAGCAUUGAGCCAGCAGGCUGCUCAGAAUGCACAACAAGAGCCCGCGGCACAGACAUCAGGGUUGGAGUACCUGCAAGCCGCUGCCCUGGAUGUGGAGAAACAACAGGUGGGUGAGGUAAUGGUAGAUCAGAAUGCACAGCAAGAGCCCACGGCACAGACGUCAGGGUUGGAGUACCUGCAAGCCGCUGCCCUGAAUGUGGAGAAACAACAGAGGUCAGGUGAUGUCAGCUAUGUCCGCCCCCACACAGGCCCUGCCCAGACCAGAGAAACAUAUCAGGGUGAGCUGGACCCCAGAACGGGCCUCUUUUAUAGCUCAUCAAAGGACCAAUCACAGCCAAGUUCGCAAACGGCCAGUAAUAUCAAGCCAGACAAACCCCAAACAACUGUGGAAGAGCAAAAGACAUUGGAUAUAUUCAGCAGUGCUCUUGCACAGGCGGAGAUUAAUCUCGACCCAUAUCAGUUUGUUGACGAAGAGGAAGAGGAUGUUACAGGGCUUACACCAUCAAAAAUGCAGCCGGUGUCGUCCUCACAGUUGUCAGAGGGUUCAGGGUCACAAGUCAGCGCCAGUACCUUGAUGAGUAUUCUGUCCUCCAGUACAGGAGAGCAGUAUAGUUUACUGCAGGGGUCGCAGACUACAGAAUUAUCUCAAGACUAUUCACAAACCAGCCAAUCAUCCAGCGCAGACGUCAGUUUGGGAGAGCUGUCGCCCCAGCAACAAGAUCAGCUCCAGCAACCACAGACACUGUUACAAGUGAAGGAUGGCUCAGACAUAGGGAGGCAGGCGGAGUUCAUCCCACUACAGCAGGUGCAGGGCAAGCCUGGGGCCACCACCAUCCAUGUACUACAGACAGUACAGCAGACCCCUGUCUCAGCAGUAGGUGCUGGAGAUACCCUUGGUGUGGAGGAACUCACAGGUCAGUUGUAUGAGAUGGUGGAGGAAGAGGCUGGGGAGGGCAGUUACUUUGGCUCUUCAUCAGGCUCUGACCUCUAUGAUGCCAGCAGUGCAGCAGUUAGGGCCAGUAAAAGGAAGAGGAAGGCACCCCUGGCUCCAGAUGACAGUCCUCCACACACAGUGGGCGGGUGGACCAGAGUUGCCUUGGGACUGCUUCAGAGAGUUUCUAGAUUCCGUGGAGCCAACAGAGAGAAAGGGGAAGUCAACGCAGCAUCUUGGUUUACCAGACCAGUGGAUGAGGCGGAGGCCCCGGGUUACCAUGAUAUUAUAAAGAAUCCCAUGGAUUUCAGCACAAUAAGGAGGAAAUUGGAGGUUGGAAUGUAUGCAAACUUCAGCGAGUUGAAUGAUGACAUGUUGUUGGUUCGAGACAACUGCUACAGCUACAACCCGCCAGGACACGAUGCGCGGAGAGAUUGUGAUGAGGUGUUCGCCUUCUAUCAGAUGGAGUAUGAAAAGACCAUGGAAAAAUGGAACAAGAGUCAGCAGUUGUCACCUUCAAAUAAAAAGAUCAAACUUGACAAGAGCCCUUCAAGAUCAUGAUAGGCAAUUCACAAGUCAAGAACUUUUGUUAACUUGUAAAGACCGUAUAGAGAUUGUGCAUAUUCAGCAAACGUUUCAAGGAAUGGCCUAGUCAAGCUAGACGCUCCUUUUAAAUUUGUAAUGAAAUAAAUAUUACAAUGUGUAUGUAAUGAAAUAAGUUGGAUCAUUUUCUCUUGCGUAAAGAGAGUUGUAACUUCUUGAGCUCUGUCGAUGAGUCAGACAAGUGAUCGAGGUCCUUCCAUGAAGGGUUUAAAUGUCAUGUUUCUUAGGUAAAAAAAA